GAGACGAAAGGAGGUGAAGAGGAUAACUUAAUUACCCCCUUUUAGUCAGAACCACCAGAAAAGUGGCCACCAGCAACGCGAAUUACUUCGAUUUCUCUUUAGAUGGACCUGAUACCGCUUUAAUAACACUUUGCGCAAGUUUGCAUGCGUUUAAAUUCUUUAAUGCAAACACGAUUAAACGAAUGAGAUGUUGAUUUGGCUGAUAAAAUGGACUUUUUGCCUCAUCGUGGUAAUGAGGAUGGGCACUGCCUCACCUGACGGGGAUUUCGGAGAAGAAUCCGGUUCCGGGAUGUUGCAAACAGAGGAGGUGAAUAUUCUGCAGGAGCUUUCUCUUCGGCUGUCGGACAGCAGUAACACCUCCAUGACUGUGGAGGACGGCAGAUGUCCAGUCCUGCAGGUGGGCCAGUACUCCACCUUGGCUCUUCCACUGCAACAGCUCUUCACUGAUAGGUUUGCUGAUGAGUUCAGCUUACUGGUGCAGCUGCGGAGUCCUCAGAGAGAAGAACAUAGCGUCUUUACCAUGCUCAGUCCCGACAAUCACGUCAUGCUUCAGCUACGGAUAAGUGCCUACACUGUCACCAUCAUUGGAACACAGCAGCGACAUUACGAGUUUCCAGUCCGUGGUCUAUGUGACGGAGAGUGGCAUCAUGUGGCUGUCAGUGUAUCUACAAAGCAGCUAGCGCUGUAUGUGGACUGCUCUCUACUGGAAAGUGUGGACUGGGUGAACCAUGGCAUGGAGAUCAGCAUAGAUGGGCUGCUGAUGGUAGGAGGCAUCAUCGAGGGCUUUGAGACUCCAUUUGAAGGUCAUCUGCGACAGCUGGUCUUCCUGUUAGGGGACCCAGAUGGUGCCCAGAAGCACUGUAGCCACCAUCCACCCCGCUGCAGCAACUCUGCCCCCAAACCUCCUCGCUCCCCACGUACCAACAACGCCCCAGAGAAUAUAUUGCUGUCCUCAAAUGACCUAGAGGACCUACAGGGGGUUUCCAAGGACAAGUCCUUUCUGAGCUUUGACCCAACAAAUUCCUUCCUGCGACGAGGGAGUUCUCGAGGAGAUGGGACCAUGCCAUCUAGACCCAAUCGAAAAGGCUCAGUGGGUCGGGGAGAAGCCUUUGUGAUAGAUGAGGACACUGAGUUAUUUGAUCCUAUCUUCCAAAACCCUCAGUGGAAACCUUCCAGAAAUGGACUUAAGGGAAAUCAAAAGGGGAAACCUGAUGUAUUAUCUAAAAAGUCGGAGGAGAACAUCACGACAGAGAAGAAGACAGAUUCUAGUGGAAGGACUUCUCUGUUCCCUAAAAAACCCUCAGAAGACAUAAUUGACUUAGACAUAGGAAGUACCUCUAAGAAGCCCUCAUUGGGAAUUCCUUCACUUCCCAAGAUCCCUUCAAGUCCCAGAACAACCACAGAUUCCAACAAAUCAGGUGAGGAGACCAGGACUGUUUCUCCUUCACCUCACGGGAGCCCUGUCACCACACAGAGCACCAAAGUGUUUGAUAAUAGAACCAAGCAGGAAAGUGAAGGCAAACAACCGGACAAAGACCAUCCUGGGAUUGUGACCAUUGUGUCCAGAGAUGGCGAUCUGGUCCUAGGCUCAGAUGGCAAAACGUAUAGGCUCCAGAAAGGUUCACAAGGACGAAUGGGUCCUCCAGGACGGGAAGGUUGUCCUGGUGAGCCUGGCCUUCCUGGGUUUAAAGGAAAUAAGGGUAAAAUGGGCUUUGAAGGGAGACCAGGAAAAAAGGGGGUUCCAGGACCUCCUGGACCACCAGGUUUACCCACUCUCUACCUUUGGAAGAACACUGCGGAAGAAUGGGCUGCUUUCCAGCAAACCAAUUUUUACCAGUUACUUUGUGCUGGUUGGCCUACUAAAGAAGGAUCUGCAGGACCACCUGGAGAGAUGGGAAAACCCGGCAUUCAGGGACCUUCUGGUGAACCAGGGCAGCGAGGACAACCAGGCAUACCAGGAGAGAUGGGUGAACGAGGCCCCAGGGGCCCUCCGGGACGAGCUGGUACCCCAGGAAGGGAUGGGGAAAAUGGAGAAGAUGGUCUGCCUGGCUUGCCUGGUGUUCCUGGAUCACCUGGCCUGUGGGGAUACAGGGGAGAACGGGGGCCCAAAGGGGAAAAGGGUGACGAGGGUCUCAUUGGUCCACCGGGUCGAAAAGGGGAAACUGGUGAACCUGGUCAGAAGGGUUCAUUUGGUUUACCUGGUCCACCUGGUCCCGUUGGACCACCAGGACCUCCAGGGAUCCGAGGUGGCUCUGGGUCAGAGGGGUCCCCUGGGCCUGAUGGGGAGAGUGGACUGGAUGGCCCUCCAGGUCUGCCAGGACAUCCAGGUGCACCAGGUGUGACAGGACGAGUUGGCACUCAAGGAGUUAAUGGCUCAAGGGGGGAGAAUGGACCAGCUGGCAGUGGUGGCCCCCAAGGCCCUCAGGGACCUCCAGGUUUAGAGGGACAGAUGGGACCUCCAGGACGCAGAGGGCCCCAGGGACACCCAGGACUGAUGGGGGCUCCUGGGCCUAAAGGAGAUCCUGGGCCUGUAGGACCUAUGGGUGUCCGGGGGGAUCCUGGCUUUGAAGGCAUCAUGGGUGCACCAGGGGGACAGGGUCAUGUAGGCUUUCCAGGAAUUAUGGGUAACAGAGGGCCAGAUGGAGACAGGGGAGAUCCAGGACCUAAAGGGGACAAAGGUUCUCAGGGGGCAGCAGGGAUUAGGGGUUCUCAGGGUGAAAGGGGUCCUAUCGGCUUCCCAGGUUUCCCCGGAGUCACUGGCCCACCUGGUCCUGGAGGAGCUGAGGGCACAGACGGUGAAACCGGACCACAGGGAAAACAGGGCAGCCAUGGGUUAAAGGGGGACAGGGGAUCAGAUGGACGAGCUGGAAAGCCAGGACACAGAGGGUCCAAGGGUUUGACUGGACAAAGAGGCCACUCUGGUGUCCCAGGCCCACCGGGUUUUCCAGGGCCACCUGGACCAAAGGGAGCAGAAGGAAAGCCUGGUACACAGGGUCCGUCAGGUGCUGAUGGCAGUGCCGGCUUGCAGGGAUCGACGGGUCUUCAAGGCAUCACUGGGGCGAGAGGACCAGAUGGCCCACCUGGUCCAAUGGGACCACCGGGAAAGACAGGGCCACCAGGCUCACCAGGACCUCCGGGAGACAAGGGUUUUACAGGGAAGCCCGGCAUGGAGGGACCUCAGGGCCCAGUAGGCAUGUAUGGUAUCCAGGGGAAUGUAGGCAUGCGGGGGCCUCCAGGUUUAAUAGGAGAAAGGGGCGAGCGGGGUUUACGAGGUUUACCCGGCCCUCCAGGAAAGCCAGGGCCUGCGGGACUGUCAGGUCCUCGAGGAGAGCAGGGACCCCGGGGACCUCAGGGUCGGCCUGGGAAUGAAGGACCUAAAGGGAUACAGGGCCCACUGGGCCCUCCUGGUUUUCCAGGUCCUACUGGAGCAACAGGCAAACCUGGACCCAGGGGGAGUAUAGGACCCCAGGGGUCUCAGGGAUUACAGGGGCCAGCAGGAAUACCAGGUCCUCAGGGUGCGGAUGGAUUGAUAGGAGCAGCAGGAGGCAAAGGCCAAAAGGGUUCAUCUGGACCUCCAGGUGAUUCAGGUCCACCAGGACAGAAUGGACCACAGGGUCUCCCUGGUCAAACUGGAAUUGAAGGUCCACCUGGAAGGAAAGCAGAUCAGGGAGAUGUGGGUCCUUGUGGAAAACCUGGUCCUCAAGGGCCCUCAGGGAAGAGAGGGCUUGGGGGCAGUGAAGGUGCACAGGGGCCACCUGGACCAGUCGGUGAACAGGGAGAUGUUGGGCUUCCAGGUGAAACUGGUGAUCCUGGACCCAAAGGGGAGAAGGGUGUGUUUGGACCUCCUGGUUUAUCUGGUCAAGAGGGCCCCUGGGGAGCCAUUGGAGAAAAUGGUAACAGGGGCCCAAUGGGCAGGAAAGGCCACGUUGGACUAAUGGGUGAACCAGGACUGAUGGGUGAGGUGGGUCCAGCAGGUGUCAUUGGGUUCCAGGGAAACACAGGUCCUCGGGGACCUCCAGGACUUGAUGGACCUCAGGGACAGAAGGGGGAGUCUGGGCCUGCAGGAAGCCCUGGACCACCAGGGUCAGAAGGUUUUCCGGGAUUAAGUGGAUCACAUGGACUCAGAGGAGACACCGGAAAGCUGGGACCACCUGGUCCAGUAGGACAAGUCGGACCUCAAGGUGAUCAAGGAGCCAAAGGAAAACCGGGUGAACUUGGACAGAACGGAGAACCAGGAGCUCUAGGCCCACAAGGGGAACAGGGUGAAGACGGUCUUCUAGGAAUCCAAGGUCCUUCAGGUCUGCCAGGGCUUGAGGGGGCUGCUGGAGAGAUGGGACCCCAGGGUCCUGGAGGUCAUAUAGGGGCUCCUGGAGCAAAUGGAAAACCAGGACCUGGAGGGAAAGAGGGCAUGAGAGGAGAGAAGGGAGACGAUGGUGACGUUGGACCACCAGGGAAGCCUGGUCAUGCUGGGCGAAGGGGAAAACGGGGGAAGGCCGGAGCCAGAGGGACCAGGGGAGUCGGGGGACCAAAGGGUGAAGCUGGAGACACUGGACCGCCAGGCCUUCCUGGGUGGCCAGGAUUCAUCGGACUCCCUGGCUUACGUGGAGAGCCGGGGGAUCAAGGUGAAAAGGGGAAACAGGGUGAGAAAGGAGACACGGGGUUGUCAGGAUCAUCCGGACGUGAGGGCAUAAAAGGCAUUCGUGGUCCAGUAGGGUUACCAGGUCCACCUGGCAUAAAAGGAGAGCAGGGUAACAUUGGUUCAUCAGGACCGAGGGGUUCACUAGGGAUGCCGGGACUGCCCGGUUGGUUUGGAUUACAGGGUUUGAAAGGCUACCAAGGUCUGCCUGGAGUGCCUGGGAGGAGGGGGCUGCCGGGUCCACCUGGUGCUCCUGGACCUCCUGGACCCUCUCUAAACAUGACCUUGUCUCAACUCAAGGAGCUGCUGUACGUCUCUGAUAAGCCCAACUACUCCCUGAUCCAGACGCUGCUGGACUCCCUGCAGCAGGAUCUUCGGCUGCUGUUGGACCCUCCUGAUGGUAGCAAGGAGCAUCCUGCCACCACCUGUCUGGAGCUCUGGCUCUGCCAUCCUGAGUACCGCAGCGGAAUGUAUUACAUCGACCCAAACCAGGGCAGCUCAGCCGACGCUCUGCUGGCCUACUGCAGCUUCUCUUCCUCAUCGAAACAGACCUGCCUUCAUCCUCAAGACUCUCAGCUUCCCAUGAAAUCUUGGAUGGAAGGAGCUUCGGAGGAAGGAUCUUUUCAGUGGCUUAGCAGACUCGAUCAGGGAUUUCAGUUUUACUAUCCAGGUGUCAACGUGGUGCAAAUGCGCUUCCUGAGGUUGCACAGUGUCACAGCUGAACAGAAGGUGACUUACUCCUGCCAUCCAGGACAUAGACAGGGCCAAAACGACAGAGAUGUCAAAUUCCUCACUGAUACGAGGAAGCAAAGUUACCUCGGAGCAGUCAAAGAUUGUGUGCCUGGAGAGGAGACCACUUCUGGUCCUCGGGAGUCUGUGUUUGAAUUUGAGGACCUCCAGCUGCUUCCCCUGAGAGACAUAGCACUGAUGGGAGGAGGAAACAUCACGCAUCAGUUUGGCUUUACAGUCGGACCCGUGUGUUUCAGCUAGAGGUGGGAGAAAGCUGUACUGUCCCAGAGGACUCAGAAACCCGGGAGCAAAACCUUUAUUUGAAACGUGGACAAGAGGACAACUUGAGCAUCAUUUCAAAUCUUUGAAAAUUUCACUUUUUUUUUUUUUUUGCUCUUGUAUUGGGGGAGUCUUAAAUUAAGUGACUCAGUAUGAAUGAAUUUGACUGGGCACCACUGUCUUUUUUUUCAUUGAGAAGUCAGUUUUGUUUACAGAGACAAUUAUCUUGUAUGAAAUAAUUUAAGUUUAUAUGUUUUUAUCCUUUAUAUACAAUAUUUUUACUGUAUUUUUUGUGUAUUUAGGGUUUCUGUUAUAGCCUAUGAUUUGUGUAUAUAAAAGUCAGAUUUUUCUCAAGUGACCUCUUAACAAUGUGUUCUGCACGGGGACACGGCUUCUGUCGUCCCAUUGGCCAUUUGUUACCAGGCCACACUUUCAGAGUACGCCACUGUAAGUGAACCCAGACGUAUCACUUCUACUUCAGGUGCUGUUCAAGUUUUAUCUGAAAUACCAACAUUUUAUUUAACCCUAAACUUAACAGGAAGGGAAACUUGUUAUCUUACAAACUUGGUGCUGUUUGUUAACCAACCUUGCUUGAUAGUAAAAACAAUGCAAGGCCGUCUGUUUUUUUUUUUUUGUUUUACAAGUUUAUAUAGUUUUUACAUUUUUUUUCUAAGCUCAGGUAUGGUAGUUAAAUUAUAACACAUUGGCGCUUGUUCGCUCUUGCCUCAGCGCUUUAAGUUUGUAAUUAAGCUCUAAAACAAUACUUACGAGGUGUUAAAGCAGACAUGCCAUGUUUUUUCAAGCUAACACACAGUUUGUAACAUGUUUUGGUUAAAAUACCACAGAAAUACAGUGCAGGAGCUUUACCUUCAGUCAAGGAUCUCCAGUGAUGUUCAUGGCUCCCUUCCCCUCUCUCUCUCUGAGGUGUCCCUUUAUUAGAUUGGUUGGUUAGGUUUUAUCAAUUGUAUAAAUGUAAAAUUUUGACAUUAAUUACUCUUGAUAAUCUUUAGCAGCCUGUUAUUGCCACAUAAAAUAGCACACGGUUCCUUUUGUGAGAGCUCACACUACCACACACAUCCAACUAAGCUCAGACAACCACACACUACAUAUAGAAUAAUACUAAAAUUACAGCUUCAUUCUGAAAUGCUUACAUUUCUCUGAUACAUCUUGUAGUUGUUGUGCAAAUGUAACAUUUGGAGGUGAAUUAUUCUUAAUCUUGAAAAGUGCAUUAUUGCCAUAUAAAAGAGCACCCAGUAUAUUAUCUGAGAGCUCACAUCAGCACACACAGGAAAUAGAAGUCAGACUACCACACACCACACUGUUGGAAAAAAACACAUAGUUUCCUCUUAAUACUCUUUAAAAGCAUGCUAUUUCUGUAUAAGUGAGUAUAUAGUACGUAAGAGCUCACAAUAGCACACACAGCCAACAGAGCUCAGACUACAUCUCAUCAAACUGAUUAAAAAAAUAAUAAUAAAAUGACAACUCACAGUUUGGACAUAAUUAGUUGGUACUGAAUGCUCUUUUUGGAUGAACUUGUUUUCAGGGUUGGGGUUAGUCAUAUGCUGUAGCUAUUGGCCUUGGUUGUCAAAACACAGCACCACUAGUAGGAAAACUAACGGAGGAGGAACACAAUCAUUUUCUUUAUAAUCCUAUGACCCCCCCCUGAUAAAGUCAUGCCCUCCCUCUGCCCACCCCAUGGAUCUAGUUCUGUCACUGGUCUAUAAUUAUUGAACUUUUAACUGUUAAUUAUGGUUAAAGCAAACUGCAGCACUUCAUACCUCAGGAAUUUACCCCUAAAAAAUCCAGAAAAAUAAAGCAAACAUAUUUUUAUCAGAAUUUUAUCAAAUAUGCUGAACAGAAAAGACCCUGGCCCCACUGGUGCAUGAAAGUAAAUCUUAAAUUCAAAUGGUAUACAUGAGUGUGAAGUGUUAUUGUCUUGUAAACUUGAGUCUGAAGUUAGGCAGCCAGAACUUCCACAUCCACUAAUUUCUUCUCCAACCAACACUGUAUUUUGUUCUGCUUCACUGUGACGUGCAUGCAUCAGUUUAACUGUAGGAAUCUUGCCCUCAAAAAAAAAGAUGCUUGUUACUGCCCAUUUAGCUCUGAGUAAAUGCUGUCAACCUGAAUUUUUGCUUCAUUCAAUCUGAGAACUGCUUGGGUCCAGGGAAAAGAAGCAAAGCUUGUAGCUGCUCAGCAGUAUUGGUGUUUGUGUCCUUUAGCUGCUCAGCAGUGAGUGAUGAGCAGCAUGGUGUACAGUCUGCAGGGAGGAAGAGGAUGCAUUUGAGUAAGAUCUCAGGGAGUUUGUGGCUUUGCAGCUGGAAAACACAAACACUAAUUUAUCCUGAAUUGGAGAAUGAAUCUGAGGGCAGAGGUGAGCCACUGCUACCUAAAACAGAGACAGCGUGUCAGCCAGAUGAAUUAAAAACAUAACUUACAUGGGAUCUUCGCAAUAUGUCUGCAAAUCCACCUGAUGUUCAGUAUUCAGUAUUUUUGUUUUUGCAUUUAGAUUUGUUGUAUCAUUUCACAUGAUAGCCUUAGCUGGCUGAGACUGAUCAUUGUUACUUUACGUGCUUUGUAAAAAUAAUAAUGAAAAAAACUCACUUUUAAAAAUAAUAAAUGUCAUGCUGGA